GAGGACGUGGACCUGGUGGUGGACUGCGGCAAACACACGAUACGCUGGCUGCAAGCACACACCAACAUGCGGUAUCGGUUUAUCUACCUCGUGUCCCUGACCUACCUCUAUUACCUCAUCAACAGCAUCCUCCUUCUUACGACGAGACUGAGUGGCCCUCCUUGUCACUCAAACAACCGGCUACGUCUUAACCGUUUUAUCAAGGACUUCCGCUCCAUUGCGCCGGCUCUGAUGCCCUGCAUUCGCACUUACGCCCGGCACAUACCAGACACUGCUGUUGCCCUCUCAAAUUUGCAGGAUGCUGCUCGGAAACUGAACUUACGUCUUUAG